AACCAAGCAACGUCAGAAUGUGUAAUUAAUAUUCAUGAGGCAAAAACGUCGCCAUAGUAUGACUCGUUCAUUUCGCACACUAGACAAGGCAAGCUAACUGCUCCUCUGAAGGAACGUUUUCCUUAACAGUAUUUCAUGCUUUUAUCGCAAGAAAAGGCCCUCGUUUAGGCCAUGGCUUUCUUUGUUUUUAAUUCGGCGUCAAAGAUGGUUUCGUCUCCGUUAGUGAUAUUAGGUUUUAUUCUCAUCUGCGUCACUUUGCAUUGUAACAGUCUGGCCGAGGCUAAAGCGAAUCCCAGACCGAAUAUUGUUUUAAUCCUGACUGAUGAUCUGGAUGUCUCCAUUGGCGGAAUGAUGCCUUUAGUGAAGACUAAAAAGCUGAUAGGUGAUGCUGGGAUAACCUUUACAAACGCGUUUGUCGCCAGUCCCCUUUGCUGUCCCAGCCGGGCCAGUAUCCUGACGGGCAAAUACCCUCAUAACCAUCACGUGGUCAACAACACACUGGAGGGCAACUGCAGCAGCACUGCAUGGCAGAAGACCCAAGAGCCCGAGACUUUCUCUGCCUUCCUUCAGAAACACGGCACAUAUCAGACCUUCUUUGCUGGGAAGUAUCUGAACGAGUACGGCAGUAAAAAAGCAGGAGGAGUGGAGCACGUCCCUCUGGGCUGGGAUCACUGGUUCGCCUUGGAGAGUAACUCCAAAUACUACAACUACACACUGUCUGUGAACGGCAGGGCGCAGCGGCAUGGACAGAACUACAGUGAGGAUUACCUUACAGAUGUUCUGGCUAAUAUUUCCAUUGACUUCCUGGAAAACAAGUCUAACCGCAGGCCUUUCUUCAUGAUGGUGUCCACGCCGGCCCCGCACUCGCCCUGGACAGCCGCUCCUCAGUACGAGAGCAGUUUUCCCAACGUUAAAGCACCAAGAGACCCUAACUUCAACAUACACGGCAAGGACAAGCACUGGCUCAUCAGACAAGCAAAAACACCCAUGACAAACUCUUCAGUGGAGUUCUUGGAUAACGCUUACAGAAAACGGUGGCGCACUUUACUAUCAGUAGACGACCUGGUGGAGAAGGUGGUGAGAAAGCUGGAGGUCAGUGGAGAGCUUAGCAGCACCUACAUUAUUUUUACCUCCGACAAUGGAUACCACACAGGCCAGUUUUCUCUUCCGAUGGACAAGAGGCAACUCUAUGAAUUUGAUAUCAGAGUUCCUCUUCUGGUGCGAGGGCCUUAUAUCAAACCCAACCAGACAAGCCCGUUACUUAUAGCAAAUGUGGAUUUGGGUCCAACAAUUCUGGACAUCGCAGGAUAUAACGUCAAUGAAACUCAGAUGGACGGGAUGUCAUUUCUUCCUAUCAUGACUGGAAAAGGGAACAGCAGCACGUGGAGAUCUGAUGUGCUGGUGGAAUAUGAGGGAGAGGGAAGCAACAUCUCUGAUCCAGCCUGCCCUCUGCUGGGCCCCGGGGUCUCGGAGUGCUUUCCUGACUGUGUGUGUGAAGACUCGUACAAUAACACGUACGCCUGCGUUCGCACAGUAUCUCAGGCCGCCAACUUACAGUACUGUGAAUUUGAUGAUAACGAGGUGUUUGUGGAGGUCUAUAACCUAACAGCAGACCCGUUUCAGCUGAGUAACAUCGCCAAGAGCAUCGAUCAGGAAGUCCUGGAGAAGAUGAACCACCGUCUAAUGAUGCUGCAGUCCUGCUCAGGACAGUCCUGCAGAACGCCAGGCGUCUACGACUCACAGUUUAGGUUUGAUCCUCAGUUAAUGUUCAGCAGCCUCGUACCGCACAGAAACAAGCGACGACAGAUGCUGAAGUAGAGCGUGGAGAGAUUUACAGCAAGAAGACUAGUGGAGGGAAAGAAUAAAGGACACUGAAAAACAAGCCCUAAUGUUGCCUUUAUAUCCUGACGUUCCCCCAAAGACGCCCAGUCUCUCCUCUGAUGAGGUCAUCAGGGUGCGCCCAGGGUACCAAACACACCACAGACAGGACGGCCUUCAUCCCCUCCAGCUCUCAUUCACAUCAGGUCCUCACAAACUGCCGACUGACACGCAUCAUAUUCCUCUUUAUUCUCAAUUAAUGUUCAGUUUGCUGCUUUAACAAUAACACAGAAUAUUGUCUUUAUUUUAAGUGGACUCAUUUUGAAGAUUUUGUUUGACCUUUUCUUUAAACACAUGCACAGUUUUGAACUUAAGAUCGAAUUUUGUAAUGCACUCAAAUUGUUGGAUUAUUUGCUUGUUUGCCAGAUGUGUCUGAAACAUUUCGCUCCACAUAUUCCGUUAUAAAAAAUAUUUACAACUGCA